AUGCCGCCGCCGGGGCAGCCUGCCGAAGGCGGCCCCCUGGACACGGCCCAGCUCCCCCCCGAGGCGCGGGUUGUCAUCUCUGAACAAGCCUCCCCUCCCCUCUCUAUCCCUCUCUUUCAGAGGCCGUACGUUUGCGAUUAUGAAGGCUGCGGUAAAGGUUUCACCAGGGACUUCCACCGCGCUCGACACCUUCUUACGCACACCGGGGAAAAGCCCUUCGCGUGCACAGCUGAUGGAUGCAAUCAGAAAUUUGGAACAAAAUCAAACUUAAAAAAACAUGUUGAGCGCAAGCAUCAAAAUCAGCAAAAGCAGUAUGUGUGCGACUUUGAAGGCUGUAACAAGUCUUUCAGGAAGCAUCAACAACUUAAAGUUCAUCAGUGUCACCACACCAAUGAACCUCCCUUCAAAUGUAGUAAUGAAGGAUGUGGAAAGUACUUUUCUACUCCAAGUCGACUAAAGCGGCAUGAGAAGGUACAUGAAGGCUAUGCAUGCAAGAAAGAAAACUGCUCGUUUACUGGAAAAACUUGGACAGAGCUUCUGAAACAUAAUAAAGUCAGUCAUACAGAGCCGAUAGUUUGCAGUCAGUGUUACAAAACUUUUAAACGGAAAGACUACCUCAAGCAGCAUCAAAAAACACAUGCAGCAGAGAGGGAAGUCUGCCGAUGCCCGAGAGAAGGAUGUGGGAGAACUUACACAACUGUAUUUAACCUCCAAAGCCAUAUCCUCUCUUUUCAUGAGGAGAAAAAACCAUUCUCUUGUGAUUAUCCAGGCUGUGGAAGAGUGUUUGCAAUGAAACAGAGCCUAGCAAGGCACGCAGUUGUACAUGAUCCUGAAAAGAGAAAGCUGAACUUGAAAGCAAAGCGUUCUCGUCCUAAGAGGAGCUUAGCCUCUCGUCUGAGCGGCUACAUUCCUCCUAAAACACAGCCAGGAAAGGAUGUGGUUGUGACAGAAAGCAAGACAAUGGAUAAGCCCAUGGAAAAUGAAAUACCAACUGUUGAAAUUCUGACCCUGCAGUAAAGGUUAACUGAGACAACUUUCUUCGUGGAAUGACCAGUGCAAAGUUCAACGUUAACUUUAUUAUAGUAUUUUUUGUAAAUAAGAAAUUAAUAUUGUUUACACUUCUACAUAAAGUCA